AUGUGUGGGAUAUUUCUAGCGGUAAACAGCGCCACCACGCCGCUGAAGCUCGAGCCAAAACGGUACUCGGCAGCCGAAAUUGCCCACGUCGUCGGCGCCCGCGUGGCGCUCCAAACGGCCCCCUCGGCGCUCGACAAACAGAAGGUGGAAAACGCCCAAAACAUCCGGCAACGACAAAACGAACUUGGACGCCUCAGCGUGAAGAACCACGGGGAAAGAAUCGCUCAGUUGCAGCGGGAAAUUGCAGAAAUGCUGGUUGUUUCGGCCCUGGAGGCGGUUGGGCCCGAUUUGGAUGGAACCUUGGUGGAUAUCAUGGCCAGGGGUCCCGAUUACGCUGAGUUGUGGGAGGCGAAAAUGGGCGAUUGGUUUGUUUUCGGCUUGAGCUCGGUGCUUUCGUUGAGACAGCCGUUUGCCGUGCAGCCGUGGACGGACGAACGGUACGUUUUUCAGUUCAACGGAGAGCUCUACAACGAGGGGUGUUUUGAUGGGAAUGAUGGGGAAUUUGCGUUUCAGGCAGUUGAGGCGGCAACGGGGGACAUUGAAGCCCUAGGGACCGCCCUCUCCACCCUCAAUGGCGAGUUUGCGUUCGUUCUUACCGACAAAUCCGCCAAAACGGUGUUUUUCGGAAAAGACCACAUCGGCAAACGGUCCCUCUUGUACUCCACUGCAAACGGCUUGGCCGUGGGCUCCGUCUUGAGCCAUUUGCCCGAGGACAAGCUCGUGGAGUGUGAGCCUGGAGUGUUAUACGCCUAUGAUGUGGAAAACGAGAAACUCUCCAAAACACCAUAUCCAAAGCAGCUACGCUUGGACGCCGUUUCUGGGGAAGCCUUCAGCAAAGGAUACGACGAAACGGCGUUUUUCGUGGACCAGCUCCACUCACACCUCAAGAACGCUUGUCUGGUUCGUCAAAAGACGGUCCACCCUCUACAUGCUACACAAACACAGGUGGCUGUUUUGUUCAGCGGGGGCCUUGAUUGCACUGUAUUGGCUUCCUUGAUUGCCGAAAACUACGAAUCGCUCGGCGAGCCCGUCAAAAUCGAUCUUCUCACCGUCGGUUUCGAGAACCCCAGAACAGGCCUUUCUGCGCUGGAGUCGCCGGACCGCAAACUCUCCGAGCAGCUGUGGUUUGAGCUAUCGAAAAAAUUCAAAAACUCCACCGUCUCCUUCCGUUUGGUCCAGGUGGACGUUUCGUACGCUGAGUGGCUUUCUCACAAGAACAGGGUGCUCGACCUUAUCCGCCCUACGGCCACGGAAAUGGACCUUUCGAUCGGCAUAGCGUUUUAUUUCGCCAGCAGGCCGGGCGUCUUUACCGCCUUGACGAUGGAGGACGUGCCCGAGUGGCCAGAAUUCCAAAAGAAUCGGGAUUCCUACGUCUCCUCGGAAAAGUACACUUCCAACGCCAAAGUGCUCUUCUCGGGCCUCGGCGCCGACGAGCUCUACGGAGGGUACUCCCGCCACGAGGCUGUUUUCGACUCUCUACGUGAAAACGCCGCUCCAGAAACCGUCCACGCUUUAUACGACGAACUCUCAAAAUCGCUCCACCACGACAUAACAGCCAUCUACAACCGCAACCUCGGCAGAGACGACCGGGCCAUUUCCAGCUGGGGCAAGGAGCUCCGGUACCCGUACUUAGACAGCGCUGUGGUUGAGUUUCUGGCGAGUUUGGCACCCCACUACAAAGUCCAGUUCGGCUGGACCACCCCAAACUCUAUUCUCGAAAGUAUCUUCUAA